AACCCAGAAUCACUCACCCGAUUUACCACAUAGCUAAUAUGUUGUUUCUUCAAACAAAUGACCUGCUUUCAAAACAUCUGACACUGAUUUUAAAAACAGAACUCUCGCAAUCAGGAGGAGACGCUAACUAUGAACAGGGAAACUUAGUGUUGUACACAGGUCAACUGUUGUUUGAGCAUCUUCGGAUUGGAAAUCACAACAGUUACUGGAGCAUAAAAACCGUUUUUCUUAUGUACACAGAUCACUUGGCAGUCAACAGGUGUUGUGUUGUUUUACUCAACUUAACCACCCGCUCUGUUGAUCGAAAAUUAUUUAUAAACACUCUGUAACUCAAGACGGGGCUCUGGUCGUAGUAGUUUUGUUUCGCACGUAUAACAGUUUAGUCUAGACGCGCUGCAUGGUUCUUUAUUUUAGUGAAUUGUUCCUAAAACAAAGAAGAUAAGAGCUAAAGAGGGAACGCAGGUACCCGGACCUGCGUGACAUCAAAUUACCUCAGGAAAGUUCAAAGUUAGUUGCCCUGAAGGCGAAAUCAUAUUGGAGUUGUACUGUGUGUGUCUCGGUGUACUGGCGCAGACGCGACGCUGCGCUUCCAUUUAAAAAUAUGAGACGCAUAACCUUGUUGCAUAUAACUUUGUUUUACACUUUAGCUCUGAUUGUUAUUGUGUCGCCAAGACAUAUUCAGAAUUCCGAACACAACACUCAACAAGAUGAUUCAAAGUCUGGCAAACCAGGCGAGUAUUUAUGGUACAAGACUGGAUCGGAACGAAAGGUCGCAAAGAGUUUUAUCGCCGAAUCAACACAAGAAAGAGAAGUUAAACAGCUGACAUCUGAUUCUGAUGGAAACGAAGAGUUGAACAAUGGUGUUAUUUCAGCUGAAGAGGAGAACGAUCUUAGUGGAAGUGGAGAACCCAGUGAAGCAGAAUACAUGUCUGGUAGUGGAAGUUAUCCAUCCAGUUACAUGGUGAAUGUUCACGAGACGGACGGAAACAGUAUUAGUGAAAGGCCCACUGGCAAAACUCCAAGCAAGGAUCUAGAGACGUCUGGCGAGAACGAUCAACAAGAAGAAAAAAAUGCUGAAUUUUCAGGAGAAGAAACCGAAAGCUCAGAACAUGAAAUGAAAGAACAAGAUAGCAGUGGUAGCACUGACGUUGAACAAGAGGAUGCAAACGAUAGAGAUACCCACAAGACAGAAAAUGAAAGAAGAGUUAAACCUUUAGCACCUGCUGUUGAUAAAAAAGUAACAAGCCCAAAAAGAAGAAGCAAGAUUUACAGGAAAAGCAAGGUCACCAAGGGAAACAGCGAGAAUGAAUAUGAUAAGCUCCUCAAAGAUUUUAAGAAUGAUGGCGAUUUGGGUCUAGACCUGGAAGAUGAUGAUGAUGACGACGGGGACUUGGAUGACGCCCUUAAUGAGGAGGAAGCUAAACUGUUGGUCUCUGAAGGAAACAAAGAGGAAUCAGGGGGGAGUAAGAGUACAAUAGCCCACCGGGACCAUGACGGAGGAGAUUUGUCUUCGAUGUUUCGAGAGUUUUCAGGUGAUAGCAGCACGAGCGUGUCUUCAGGAAAAUCUGUUCACAAGAAGACUCGUACCUCCAAAAUGAAGGAAAUCCUCUCCAAGCUAGACAGUGAUAUUUUUAGAGGAUACAAAAGCGAGGAGCAUGUACUGCACCACUCUGAAAAACAUCGAGAUUAUCACAAACAACAGUAUCAUCAUCAGGAAAAUAACACAGCCAAAGAAGCAGAGUCAACACGAGCACUCAGUCAUCACGCCCAGAAUGGAAUCUUCAAUGGAAGUCUCAGCAAUGUGACGCUGGAGGCUCAAGAAGUAAAGCCUACACAACAACCGCAGAACAAAAGUUACCAUCUCUAUGGUCAUCAUCAUCACAGGCAUCAUCAUCGCCACUACCGCCACCAACACCACCGCCACCGUCAUCAUCAUCAUCAUCAUCAGCAGCAGCAGCAGCACCAUGAAAUUGAGACACACAAGGACGAUACUGGUGAAAACCAGAUUCCAGCGGGAAAUCAUCUCCACCAGCCAAACUCCAGUGCCCAGUACUCCUCCGUACAAUACCCGUCUAUCUAUUACCCGGCACCUUCUUCGGGCCCCGCCGUGGCAGCACAGCCGCAGCCCUACCCAGAAGAGAAUUCCCUUAUGCAGUUUUACCAGCAAUCUUCCAAUGGUUAUGAGUACCAUGCCGUGAAAAACGCUGACACAGCAGGCGCCGUUUGCCUCGAUGGCUCCACUCCUGGAUACUAUUUAAGACAAGGUUCCGGGAAAGGAAACAAGAAUUGGAUCAUUUACUUACAAGGUGGAGCUUGGUGCGAGAGCGAGGAGGCGUGUUUAGGUAGAAGUCGCAUGCAUUUGGGCUCGUCACUCUUUUUUAAGCCUCUGGGAAAUCCUGGCGGAAUUUUAUCAAACAACAAAAAAGAGAAUCCUGAAUUCUACGACUGGAAUGUAGCUUACCUGCCCUACUGCGAUGGCUCGUCAUUUGCAGGCAACAGAUCGGACCCAGUCCAAGUUGAAGGCUCGUUGCUUUAUUUCCGCGGGUUAAGAAUUCUAGAUUCCACCAUAUCCGAAUUGUUGUCUGACACGAAUCUUAAGGAAGCCAGCCAUGUUAUUUUCUCUGGUACGUCAGCUGGAGGACUUGCUGUCAUGCUUCAUGCCGACUUUGUCCGUUCUAAACUUCCCAAACAAGUACACUUCCGCGCCUUGGCUGAUUCAGGAUUUUUCCUUGAUACAGCUUCACGCAAACAAAAAGGACAACGAAAAUUCAGGAAGAUAAUGCAAAGUGUGUUCAAGCUGCAUGACUGCACGGAUGGAGUUCCGCAACACUGCGUCAAAAACACGUCCGGCAAAAAGCUUUGGAAAUGCAUCUUUCCGCAAUACUUUUUACGCUUUGUCAAGAGCAGUUUGUUUGUCGUGAACCCUUUGUACGACUCCUGGCAGCUUGGAAAUAUCUGGGAAAUUCCUUGCGCUCGUCAUCCGUAUUCGUGUACAAAGAAAGAAUUGAAGCAGAUCAAGAAAUUCCGAAAAACCACCUUAAAAGCCAUGAAGGGUGUAAUAAAGGGUUCAUCAAACAUUGCACUGUUCGCGGACUCGUGUAUUGAUCAUGGCCAAGUGAUCUUUAAUGCCCAGUGGAACACAAUUAAGGUCAUGCGCAAGUCCAUCUCAUCAUCGUUUUCUAAGUGGUACCAUAAGCCUAAGAAGGAGAUGUACUAUAUUGAUGAAGACAACUAUCCAGCCAAUCCGACUUGUGUAACCAAGGAUGUCGAUAAGCGUUCGGAGAUCUUUACGGAAGGAUUCUAAGUAAUAGAGCUCGGUGACGUACGAUAUGAACCCACACAAAUAAGGAUGUGCUAAACUGACAAAUGUUGACAAUUGUCAGCCCUGAGCGUACUUGAACAAUUUGCCAACUUCCUGUUGAGCUAUACUUAGUCCAAAGAAAAUACCACACUGAUUGGUGAAAAAUCGUGUUUCUAUUUAACAACAGGCCAUUCCCCCUAUGAGACUUGCGCGCAGGGAAUCAUGGUAGUUGUAUUCAUCAUUCGGGCGACAUCUUCGAGACAUUGCAUACAAUUACCAUGAUUCAGUGUGCGCGCGUCUCAUCCAGGGAAUAGGGUGUUAGAUUAUGAGUUCGAGAUUUCUAUUGCGCCCUCGUCAACUAUCACGCGUAGAAAGCGAGUGUAAAUA